UCGCUCAAGGUUUGGUUUCUAUUGGAGUGAGCACCUGACCUAGUCCACAGGGGUAUCCCCACCCACCCUCAGCUGCCUGCGACCAGCAGAGACGUGCUUCGUCAUUGCAAGACGCGUCACUGGAAUACUCGGAUCAAUAUGCUGUAACUUCUGAAGGCGUCGGGAAACACUUGAAUUAUGAUGGCGGAAUAAUACCAGGAAGAAAACAGGAAGAAACGUCUCACCUCUCAGUGGAUCCCUGUACCUCGUCCUGUCUGGGAUGUCUCCUGUGUUUCCAUGCUGAUGUUUGUGUGUACCAUGACAACAGAGGCUAGCGCGGUGGGCGAGGCGGACACCGAGGGCAAGCCGAAGCCCAGUGUAGCAGAGGCAGAGAGAAGACCGGAGAACAAGCAGAGCUCGGAGGCAGAGAUACAACUGGAGAACAAGCAGAGCCCAGAGAGAGAACCGGAGAACAAGCAGAGCCCAGAGCCAGAAACAGAGAGAGAACCGGAGAACAAGCAGAGCCCAGAGGCAGCAGCAGCGGAGCCAGAGAGGGAUAAGACCCAGGAGCAGGCCUCAGAGCCUGGCUCCACAGAGACCCCCAUCUUCACCACCACCACUGAGGAGGAGCAGCUAGUGAAGCCCCGCCAGCGCACCUCAGCCAGCCGGGGCCUCUCACGCCUCUUCUCCUCCUUCCUCAAGCGGCGCUCGCAGUGCUCAGACGUAGAGUGGGCUGAGGUCGAGAAGGCGGAGAAGGACAGGAAAGAGAAGGCAGAGGCUGGAACAAAGGAGGAAAAGUUAGAGCAGGCCAAGGGGGAGGAGAAGAAAGAGGCAGAGGAAAGGGGGGAGAAGAAAGAGGAGGAAGAAGCAGCAAAGAAAGCAGAGAAGAAGAAAGAGGAGGAAGAAGCAGCAAAGAAAGCAGAGAAGAAGAAGAAGAAAGAGGAGGAAGAAGCAGCAAAGAAAGCAGAGAAGAAGAAAGAGGAGGAAGAAGCAGAAAAGAAAGCAGAGGAGAAGAAGAAGAAGAAAGAAGAGGAAGAAGCAGCAAAGAAAGAGGCAGUGAAGAAGAAGAAAGAAGAGAAAGAGGCAGCAAAGAAAGCAGAGAAGAAGAAGAAAGAGGAAGAAGAGGCAGCAAAGAAAGCAGAGAAGAAGAAGAAAGAGGAGGAAGAAGCAGCAAGGAAAGCGAAGAAGAAAGAGGAGGAAGAGGCAGCAAAGAAAGCAGAGAAGAAGAAAAAAGGAGAGGAAGGGGUAACAAAGAAAGAGGCAGAUCAGCAGAUUCAAGAGGAAGAGGCAGCAAAGAAAAAGGAGGAGGAGAAGAAGAAAGAGGGAGAGGCAGCAAAGAAAGCAGAGAAGAAGAAAGAGGAGGAAGAGGCAGCAAAGAAAGCAGAGAAGAAGAAGAAAGAGGAGGAAGAGGAAGCAAAGAAAGAGGAGGAAGAGGCAGCAGAGAAAGCAGAGAAGAAGAAGAAAGAGGAGGAAGAGGAAGCAAAGAAAGAGGAGGAAGAGGCAGCAAAGAAAGCAGAGAAGAAGAAGAAAGAGGAGGCAGAGGCAGCAAACAAAGCAGAGAAGAAGAGGAAAGACGAAGAGGAGUCAGCAAAGAAAGCAGAGCAGAAGAAAGAGGAGGAAGGGGCAGCAAAGAAAGAGGAGAAGAAGAAAGGGGAGGAAAAGACAACGAAAAAAACGCAAAAGGGGAAGAAGAAAGAGAAAGAAAAUAAAGAGGAGGAGAAGGGGAAGAAGAAAGAGAAAGAAAAUAAAGAGGAGGAGAAGGGGAAGAAGAACGAGGCGAAUAAAGAGGUAAAGAAGAACGAGGAGAAUAAAGAGUUAAAGAAGAAAAAACGGAAGGGCAAAAAGAAAGCAGGGGAGGAGCACAAAGCAGGGGAGCAGUCCACAACAGAGGUGCAGGUGAAAGCCCCCAUCGCGGCCCCGGAGCCAGAGCUCAGAGCAGAGGGGGAGGCUGAACAGGAGAGGCAGGAGGAGCUGGUAGAGGCCCAGGACCAUCACUCCAUCAGCAGUGCAGAGACACAGCCAGCACAGGCGGAGCAGAAGGUGACCGCCGAGGUAGAGAAGGAGGCGUUAGAGGGGGACGAGAAGGCGGGAGUAGAGGAGAAAGAGAAGAAAGAAGAAACAGAGGAAGAGCCAGCCGAGCAGAUGGAGGAGGAGGAGGAGGGAGAGGCGAACGGAGGGGAAGGGGAGAACACUAAUGGAGAAGACAAGAUGGCUUUAGCGGAGGAGGCCAAACCCUCCAAGCGUCCGCGGAUCAUGCAGUGUAAAGUCACCCUCCUGGACGACACUCUGUUUGAGUGUGAGCUCGGUAAACAUGCGACGGGCUCGGAUCUGUUUGUGAAGGUGUGUGACCACCUCAACCUGCUGGAGAGAGACUACUGUGGCCUGGCCGUCUGGGAUACCCCCACCUCCAGGACAUGGCUGGACGCCUCCAAAGAGAUCCGGAAACAGGUGGCAGAUUAUACAUACGAGUUCACUUUCAACGUGAAGUUCUACCCUCCUGAUCCAGCUCAGCUCACAGAAGACCUCACCAGGUACUACCUGUGUCUACAGCUGCGUAAAGACAUCCUGAGUGGCCUGCUCCCAUGCUCCUUUGUAACUCUGGCCAUGCUAGGCUCCUACACGGCCCAGUCUGAGCUGGGGGAGUAUGAUCCAGAGGUCCACGGCUCUCACUACACCAAGGAGCUGAGGCUGGCCCCGGGACAGGGCAAAGAGCUGGAGGACAAGGUCAUGGAGUUGCACCGCACAUACAGAUCCAUGAGUCCAGCCCAGGCAGACAUGUUGUUUCUGGAGAAUGCCAAGAAGCUGUCUAUGUAUGGAGUGGAUCUGCACCAAGCCAAGGAUCUUGAGGGUGUGGACAUCACUCUAGGGGUGUGUUCUGGUGGUCUCAUGGUAUAUAAGGACAAGCUGAGGAUCAAUCGUUUCCCCUGGCCCAAAGUCCUCAAGAUCUCCUACAAGCGAAGCAGCUUCUUCAUCAAGAUCCGUCCCUCUGAACAAGAACAGUAUGAGAGCACAAUCGGCUUCAAGCUGCCCAACUACAAGGCCUCCAAGAAGCUGUGGAAGGCCUCAGUGGAACACCAUACCUUCUUCAGGGUGUCGUCCGUGGAGCCCCCGUCGUCCCGCUCCCGGUUCCUGGCGCUGGGGUCAAAGUUCAGGUACAGUGGCCGUACCCAGGCCCAGACCCGCCAGGCCAGUUCCAUGAUCGCCCGGCCCGCCCCGCGCUUCACACGGUCCGCCAGCAAGAGGCUGUCCCGCACCAUCGACGAAGCUGGAGAUGAUGAUCUCCAAGCCUCGCAGCUCUCUGCUAGUCCAAACAAGACCGAGGAUGACGAUUGGUUCUUCAUGCUGGGAUCUGACCAACCCCAGACUUUCUUUUCACCAGCCAGAGGGGGGGAGACUUUCUCUGUGGAGACUUCUACUCAGAGCUGGGAUGAUGGCAAGUCUGUCCAGACUGUCAGUCAGACAUGGCAGGGACGAGUGUCUGAUGAACAGCAGCAGGGGAGACAGGAGGAGGAGAAAGAGGAGGAUUGGUUUGUCCUGCUGGGCAGACGACCCUCCCUUCCCUAUGUCCCCUACCCCAUGAUGAAACCGCCAGUCAAAUACCGCUCUGCCCAGGUGGCAAAGGUGGCCACGGCCAACAUUCUGGAGAGGCUGCUACAGCCAAGGCAGGAACAAAGUGAUGACUGGGUCAUGCAGUUGGACCGCAGCGUUGAGUUUGCAGACACACCUCCAUUCUCUCCCCAAGUCUCCCUGGAGAAGGAGACUAGGCAGGAGAGGAGGGAGGUGAUCAAGAGGCUCCAGGAAGGGGUGUUCCUGGUGGAGAAGCUGAGGGAGGUAGAGGUGCUGGAUGAGAGACUGAGGGAGGUGAAGGUUUUGGAAGAACGGCUGCAGGAGGUGGAUGAGCUGGAGGAGAGGAUACAGGAGGAGGUGGAGGCCAGGCAGCAGCAGGAGGAUGAGAGAGGGGUAGAACAAGAGGAGGGGGAGGUAGAGGAGGAGGUGGUAGAGGCAGCGAAAGAGAAUGUGGAGGAAGUAGAUGAGUUGGAGGAGCAGAUAAAAGAGGUGUUUCUCAAAGGAUUGCUGCCAGAUGAGUCCGGGGAAGAUGAGGGACUAAAAGAGGAGAGUAUGGAAGAGGCAGAGGAAUCUGAAGAAGGGUGGUCAAAUGUGGCGAGCACCUCCUCUGUGGUACGGAGAGUAGAUUUGAGGGCCCAGAAUAGUGUGACUAUAGUGAAAAAGAUGAGGCAACAAGGAGGGAUGGAGGAGGAGACGCUGGAACAGGUAGCAGUUUCAGACAAGGGAUUGAAAGAGGAUGAAGGAUGGUUAGAGGAGAGGAAGCAUCAGGCUUUGGUGGAAGGGUUGCCAGAGGGGCUUGAGGAAAGGAGAGGAGAGAUAAGAGUGGAAAGGAGGAGGAGGAAGAAGGUGACUAUAGUGACACAGGAUGAGAGUCUUCCAGAUGAACUAGAGAAGAAAGCAUCUGAGAAGUUGUCAGAGGACCAGAUAGGAGGCCAUUUUUAUAAAGAGGGACAACUUAUGGUGAAAUUCAAUGAACUAUUUGCGGCAGAGAAGUUAGGGUUACCGAUAGUUACAAUUCAGCAGGAGUGGCUCCAAGAACAGGAAAAGGUCAGGGAGGAGAAACAGGAGAGAGUGGAACAGGUGAAGGUUUCAGGCGAGGGAUUGAUAGAGGUGAAAGGAGGUCUAGAGGAUAGGAUGCGGCAGAUGUCGGAGGAAAGGUUGCCAAAGGGAGAGCAGACUGUGGUGAAAACCAAGAAAACAGUGAGAAUAGUGGAAGAAAUGAGGAGAACACAGAAGACACUCGAGGAAAAGUCAUCAGAGGACAUUUUAUCAGAGGAAAGGCUGGGUGAUGGUUUUUAUACAGAGGGGGAAGUUUUGGUGAAAUUCAGAAAGGAUGUGGAGAGGGUUUCACAUAGAGUCAGACAAAUGGAGAAGCCCCAAGAAGAAGAAGAAGAAGAGGUAGUGGAAGUGAAUAUGCAGACAUCCCAGCCAGAAGACAAGGACGAUUGGGUUGUGCUGCUGGACCGCCUCCCACACAAGACUCUUUAUCAGCCUCCAGUAAUGCCAGCUGACUCCGCUCUGGUGCCUGUGGUCUCCACAAGAUUCUCUGUGGUGUUAGUAGACACGGUCGAGCAAAAAGCACCAGAGAGGGAAUGCAUUGAAGUGGAGGACACACAGCAACAGCCUGAAAGGGGAUUGGUGGAAGGACGGAGACCACGGCAAAUGCAGGAAGAUGAUUGGUUUAUGCUCUUGGACCUGGCUGAUCGUGUUCCUUCAGGUGUACCAACCACACCAGUUUCAGCUUCUUUGCAAGAGCAAGUUCAGGUGUACGUAGAGGAAACCAUCUCAUCCAUGGUUAAAGUGAUGACAGUGGUGCAGAGAGAGGAGACCAGGGUGACUGUAGUGGAGGAGAUGGAGUCACAGGAAGAUCAGAGCCGUCUGGAACAGAAACCGUCACAGAGAGAGGAGACCAGGGUGACUUUAGUGGAGGAGAUGGAGUCACAGGAAGACCAGAGCCGUCUGGAACAGAAACCGUCACAGAGAGAGGAGACCAGGGUGACUGUAGUGGAGUUACAGGAAGACCAGAGCCGUCUGGAACAGAAACCGUCACAGAGAGAGAUGGACGAUGACUGGUUUGUUCUGCUGGACAUUGUUCCCAGAGAACCAUCUGUGAUUCCGUCAGCUUCUGUGGAAGAGCGUAUUCCAGUAUACCCUGAGGAAAGCGUCUCCUCUGUGGUUGAGUUGACUACAGUAGAGCAGAGAGAGGAGAGAAGGGUGACUGUAAUGCAAGAGGAGCAACGUCAAGAAGAAAUUAUACUUCCACCACAGCCAUCAAGAGAGAUGGACGAUGACUGGUUUGUGCAACUGGAUGUCGUGCCCAGAGAAACAUCCUAUAUACCACCAGUCGCUCCAGCAGAGCCAACAGCGGUUUCUCCAGAUGUGAUCAGCCCUGUGGUUGAGGUAAAGGCUGAACAGCAGAAGCCAGUGGUGGUUCUGGUGGAGGAGACGAGGCCACAACAGGAACGGGAAGUAGAGGAGUGGCAGCGACAACCAGAGAGAGAUGAUGAUUGGUUUACACUGUUUGCUGAUGUCCGUGAGGAGCCGAUCAUUGUACCACCAGUUGCUAUUGGUGAGCAUACUCCGGUAUAUCCAGAAUUAAGCCAGACCACCUCUGUAGUUGAUGUGACGACCAUAGAAAAAAUAAUGAAGAAGAGGGUGACUAUUGUUGAAGAGAGGUGGGGACAGCAAGAGGAGAUCCUUCAGUCAGAGAUGAUCAUCCCAGAGCAGAGACCACCAGCAGAGAGAGAGGAGGGAGAUGGCCGGUUUGUUCUGUUGGAUGCCGUCCGUGAAGAACUUGCUGGGGUUCCACCAGUUUCCCUGGCUGUUAGCGAUAGGGUAUACCCAGAGGUUGUGCCCGCCAAACAUCUGAUCAGUGAGCCUGAACCAAGAGUGUUUGUGGUGGAAGCAGUCCGAUCACUUCCUGAAGACGUUGCCCUGGAGGGUAAGGCAACACAACCGCAGAGAGAGCAGGAUGAUGAUUGGUUUCUGCAGCUGGAUGUUGCCCCUAAAGUAGCAGCUGUACCAGUGGUGGUGAUUUACUCUGGUGGGAGCACCACAGCUGUUACGGUGGGGAAGGAGACAGUGGAACAGAAACCACCGAAGACCGUGAGGAUCAUGGAAGAGACUGUUAAGAUAGAGGAGGGGCCUGUGGUAACACCUAAAGAAGAGGAUGAUGAUUGGUUUGUGCUCUGGGACCGCGCUCCCUCCAAGAUACUGACCACACCCAAGGCGUUCCAUGUAGACAGAGAGGUUAUAGAGCUGGUACCCCGGAGAACAGUGAUUGUGGUGGAGGAAACUAGGAAACCACAUAGAGUGGUGGAGGACAGACGUCAACCGGAGGUUGAACUGGUGAAAACACUGCCUCCCCAAGAGAGAGGGGAGGGUGAUGAUUGGUCCACGCUCUUUGAAGCCUCUCGCCAAGAGCCUGUGAAAAUGCCAACAGUUGCUGUGGUAACUAGACCUGCCCCUGUGGUUGACGUGAUGGUGACGAGCACAGAGCAGAGAACCCAGAAAAGGGUGACGAUAGUGGAGGAGAGGUGGAGAGAGGAGAGGACCCUGCAGCAGAGGCUGCCUCAGAGACAGAGAGAGGUGGACGAUGACUGGUUUGUUCUGCUGGAUGCUGCCCCUAAAGAAUUAGUUGCUCUCCGGGAGCGUCUCCAGGUCUAUACUGACAUAACUGUGGUCAGAGGUCCAGCCGCUCAGCCCAAACCCAGAGUGGUGGUGGAGGAGGAGAAGAGACCAGCACAACCCCAGAGAGAUGUGGAUGACCAUUGGUUUGUGUUGCAGGAUAACAAAUCGGUUGCAGUGGUGGCCACCCACAAGGCCGCCCGUCCGGUCAGCGCCCCAGUCUUCUCCCAGGCAGCCCUGAUGGAGGCAGGGAUCCCCAUGGCCCCCCUGGACCUCCAGCAGCCCCAGACCUCCACCCCCAUCAGGCUGCCAGCCCGCCAGGACGACAGGAAGCUGCAGGUCACCGUGGAGGCAGUGGACGAGGGCUCAGCCGAGGUCAAGUCUGAGCAGACGGACACUGAGGAGCCGGUUCAAAUGAGGAAGAAAAGAGCUAAGAGAACUGAGGGUGACUCAAUUUAUAUCAGACAUAGUCUUUUAAUGUUGGAGGACUUUGAGAAGCCCCAGGAGGAUCUCAUCAGGCAUCAUACUAGUAUCAGUGAGCUGAAGAGGAACUUCAUGGCGUCUGUCCCAGAGUCCCGGGGGCCCAGCGAAUGGGACAAGCGCCUGUCCACUCACUCCCCCUUCCGCAGCCUGGGCAUCAACGGACAGCCUUUACCUGAUGCCGACGGGUGUGUGUGUAUUACUCCUAUAAGGGAAGAGCUGGACACUAAGGCAGCGCUACAACAGGACGAGUCCAGCAGCACUGUAAGACCAUCGGGGGGGCCCAGCCCCAGCCCUGCUAGCACAGAAACUGGGCCUGAUAGGGUUGACUCCAAAUCCCAUGAUGCACCUGGGGCGGCAGGGCCAUGUGAUCAGGAUGAUGAGCAUGUUAGCUCUGGGACCACCACCAGCCACGUACCUGUCGUUGAGGUGGAGAGGGCACAGCUGCCCCACUCCUAUCAGCUCCAGGGUACAGUGCUGGAGGAGGAGGAGCCGGCAGACCCAGGGUCGAGGGGGGAGCAGUCUGGGAGGAUAACUGGAGCCUCCCACACCUCCUAUUUCGUGAGCGGUGUUCCCCAUGUCAUACGCUGUUUCCAGCCCCCUCUGGUGCAGACCCAGACAGUCACCAUCACAGACGUGUCCAACUCCCUCCCUACUGACGUCUCCACUAAGGAUGUCCCUAUCGUUCAGACCCAGACUAUCAGCUACGAGUCUGCAGAGGUGUCAGUUGACGGGACAGACGGGGGGAAAGAGGCCACAGCACUGAGCAGCAUUCAGUCCAUUACCUCAGAGAGCAGCAGGGAAACCAGUGGCACCUCCAUUACUACCACCACCACUCACAUCUCCAGGGUGGUGAAAGGAGGAGCGUCAGAGACCAGAGUGGAGAAGAGGAUCGUCAUCACUGCCGACUCAGAGGAUGACCAGGGAAGCGACGGCGGAGCAACAGCAAUGUGAUUCAGCUCAACACACAGUCAGGGAGCCCUAUGGAUCUGAUGCUCAAGACACCAGAGCUUUGUAGUACAGACUAACCUCCCUGUCCCAGAGCCACCCCCACCUCCUCAACCCAUACGGACAUUGUGUCCUGACUGGUCCCCUCCAGAACCACUGUGGUUGCAUCUCUUGACAAGAGCCCUGGUUUAAAGUAGUGCAUUAUAAAGGGAAUAUGGUGCCAUUUGGGAUGCAUCCGGGUGUCUCCCUGCCCAGUGGGAUAUGAACAGGCCAGGGAGAAAGCCUAUUGGCCAGGGAGAAAGCCUAUUGUGUCCUCUCUUUCCAUACUGCUGUUCUGACUGUAUGGUGGCUAAAUUUUGGUUUAUUCCACUCAAACCUCAUAUUUCGCCAAAUUACUAUUUUUAUUAUUAUUAUAGUAGGAAAGAUGAACCUUUUCAGUUCUAAGAGCAUUUAGGUAAUUUGCUUUUAAAUGUUUAUUUACAACAUAUUUUUCUGUCGUUUGUAUUGCUACUACUGUGUCAUUGAGUUUAAAUGUGGACUCAGCGAUAUGACGGAGAUGCAGAAAGUAAACAGCGUAGUGGGUCAAUUUCAGCCAAACAACUAAGAACGUUGAAGCGAGAGGCUCGACUUCUCCGCUGUUUUGGUGCCAUGGUUCCAACGCUGUGAACAGAGUGAAGUGAAUCCGUGCACAUGUGCAGAUACUGUGUGAGAGCAAAGUCUUGCAUCUCGCUCAUCUCUGUAUCUGCGGUGCUGGUCGAGCAACGUAAUUUUACUGAGUCUCCCUUUAACAUGCUCAUUUUGACAGAAAUGCACCGUUUUCAACUGGGCUUUAAGUAAUAACAUUAUCAGACUUUUUCAAUCAGAUUAAGAUGCUGGACAGAAACUAGAUGUAUUUUUGGAAAGGGAUAACUCCUUUGAGUUUGUUUAUGUUUAUAAUUGAGGAAUAUUCUUUUUUUAUUGAAUAUUCAAAUUGAAAUUACAUACCUCACUUAAAAGUAUUGAACAAAGAUAUUGCAUACUCCAACAACCAUGCCUGUUUUGUUUGUUCUCUGCUCAGGUAAAAUAUCUCUUACUUAACCAGCCAAGUUAACAUGUGUAAUACUACUAGGUCAGGCCACGAUGACCCUCAGUAUAAAUUUUGACGUGAUGACAACUAUCUGUUUUGAAAUGUUUACUCUAUUUUAUAGCAUUACUGCUUUUAUAGUAUUUGUACAAAAUGAGGUGUUUAAGUUAUUGAAGUUCAUAUCCUACUCAAUGGUAGCUUCUCAUAUCAUAUUGUCUUUUUUUGUUUUUUUACAGCUUGAAUUUGGGAGUGUCCCCAUGUUUCCCAGUACAUAUUCAGCAUUGUUUUUUUACAGCUUGAAUUUGGGAGUGUCCCCAUGUUUCCCAGUACAUAUUCAGCAUUGUUUUUUCUUCCUCUUUUAAGGCACCAUUGACCUCUAGGACUGCCCCAAGCAGUCUAAUGUGAGAGCAAUGGAAAGUCCCGCUGUGUUUUGUCCCUUAAAAUGAUUUUAGAUAGAAAUGUGGUUGAUUUGAUGAAACAAUGCUUUAGUCUGUUUCUCAGGUUGUAUGUCUUUAUCAAUACUGCAGGACAAAACCCCUCUGUAUAUGAUUGUAUGAAGAAUGUUCAGUCUUAAUGUACAUUCUAGCCCUGCAGAUGGGUCCAAAUGAUUCUCAGCUCUUAAACACAGUAGUACAUGUGCAAGAUGUAUUUAUCACUAUCAAAAGGCAGCUGUCCCAGUGUAUGUGGCUUUUCUUUCAUACAGGGGAACAUAUUUAGUCCUUUUGUACAUGUUCUACCAUUUCUUUGUAAAGUAGACUGUUUCAUGUGAUUCUUUGUACUGGGAUGUUUUUUAAAACACGAUCCUGUUCGCAGGCUUUUAGACACAGUCACAUUCAUAAUCAUCUAGUUUGUAAAUCUUUCUUACCACCUGUUUUAGAGUAGAUUCCUCUUCCAGUUACUGUCCCCUUCCUUUUGUAGAUCAGAUAAAGAUACUUGUAUGAGAACCCUUUUAGAGAAUGACAAUUGGUAGCAGACCUUUCUUCCCCUCUGAAGAAGUUUGUGAAGGUGGCACAAACUAUUAGCUAGAAGGAUCUUGAGGGCAUAAACUAGAAUCUCAGCGGAACCCUUCGUUUUUAGAUAUGUAAACUUAUUGCUUUUGUGACAUAUCCCUGUCUUUAAAAUUAAAUAAAAUCAGGAUGAAUUGUCAA